CUUGGGCUUACGGAAGCUCGCAGAGGACAAAAUCCCUCGCGUUUUUCCGAUUGCUGUGCUUCGUCUAGAAGGACCUAAGCAAGGCGAUAUGAUUAGGUUCAAGGUAGAGAACAGCCCGUGGUUCCCCUGGCAUGAGCAACCUAGUGAGGACCGAGCCGCUGCGCGGGGCGCCCCCUCUGCUGGUGCCUGGCGACCUCUACUCGGUGGUGGUUCUGCUGCGGGGCUACGCGGAGCCGGAGGAGGUGGGCGACGCCGUACGCGCGGACGGCUCAGUGACCCUCGUGCUGCCUCAGGCCUGGGGCCAGGCCUCCGAUUACCGAGAGUCCCCCGCCGCGGCCGGCGGCGCGGAGACCGCCCUGGAGGAGGCGGCCCGUGGCCCCAUCCUCGUGGAUACUGGGGGCCCCUGGGCUCGCGAGGCGCUGCUGGGCGCCCUGGCCGGGCAGGGCGUGGGCCCGGGAGACGUGACUUUGGUGGUGGGGACCCACGGGCACUCGGAUCAUAUCGGGAACCUGGGGCUGUUUCCGGGGGCUGCUUUGCUGGUCUCGCACGACUUCUGCCUGCCGGGGGGCCGCUACCUGCCUCACGGACUGAAUGAGAAGCGGCCCCUGCGUCUAGGACCCGGGCUCGAGGUGUGGGCCACGCCGGGCCACGGGGGCCAGCGGGACGUGAGCGUAGUGGUGACAGGCACGGCCCUGGGCACCGUGGUGGUGGCCGGAGAUGUGUUUGAGCGUGAUGGGGAUGAGGACUCGUGGCAGGCGCUGAGUGAAGACCCAGUGGCCCAGGAGCGGAGUCGGAAGAGGGUCCUGGGCACCGCCGACGUGGUGGUGCCUGGUCACGGAGCCCCCUUUCGGGUGGUCAGGGAAACCUCUCAACCAGAAACAAAGAGUUUCGGAAACAGCAGUCAGGAACCGGAGGGCGGAGAGGAGGAGCCUACACUUCAUAGAUGAGACCCAGAGGAUCUGACCAGCCAGAAUCAGAGCAGGCAAGGCCGGUCACUUCCAGUCUUCCAGGAGACAGAUUUUCCCGUCAGGGCAGAGUGGCACCGCUGAUAUCACUGUCUCUGCAACCAAACUAGGAUCAAGGACUGGCUCAGCCCCGUGUGUGAAUCCUGGGCAGGAUUCAGAAAAAUGGAAGAAUGUUCUUGUGAGGGUCCUCCAAAAUAAAAAUAGAAACUCCCCGAAUAUAAAAUGAAACAUUAAUGAUAACCAUGCAACAAGGGGACACUUUGACCAAUUGCGUGUUUCUCAUAGGGUGCAGAUUGUUGGGAGAAGGUGCAGGGCACAGAGGUGAUCUCCUCAGACACUUGACUUUAAUUCAUUAACUUAUUCAUUCAUUCAAGGGAUGUUUAUUUAACAUCGCAACAUCAAACACUGCGUGUAAGUCACAGGAUACAACAGUAAGCAAGCUAGACACCCUUUGUCCUUCAUGAAAACCACAUUUUAUUGAGGAGACAACCACAAUAGUAGUAGCAACCCAAUAAUUAUAAGUUGUAGUUAGCGAUGUGGAAAAAAGAUGAGGAAGAAGUAGCAGGGGUAAGAGAGGGGGCCAUUUAAGUUUUGGGUGGUGAGGAAAAAUCUCUGUGAGAAGAUUUUGAUCAGAAUUGAAUGAAAACAAAGCUGCCUAUAUGAGGAUCUAGGGGAAGGCAAUUCCAAGCACAGGAACAGCAGGUGUAAGCCCUGAGGCAGGACAGCUUAACCUGCUUGAGCCUCAAGAAGACCCUGGGGUCAGACUGCAAAGGACCAGGGAUGGAUGUCAAGAAAUGAGGGAGCAGAGAUAGAUGGAGCAUCAUGCAGGGCCUUGGUGAUUUUUGUAAGGGGCUUGGGUUUAUACUAAGUAAAAUGGAGAUCAUUGGCUUUGAGCAGGCUAUAACAACGUGGUCUCAUUAAAAAAAAAAAAAAAAAAAUCACUUGCCAUGUGUGGUGGAACACACCUGUAAUCCCAGCAUCUCAGAAGGC